AUGACCAAAGGUCGUGGUCGUCGUGACCAAGGUUCAUGGGAUACACCUACUGCACGUGUUGAUCAGGCUUGGGCUGAGUUGGUGACUGAUUUUGAAUAUAUCUGUGCCAAGCAUCCCCGUUUGAAAAAUACCAACAACCAUAAACAGCUGGGUACUUUGGGAACUGGAAACCAUUUUGUUGAAGUGUGUUUAGAUGAGUAUCAACAAGUAUGGAUCAUGUUGCACUCAGGAUCUCGUGGUGUAGGAAAUGCAAUUGGUAACCACUUCAUUGAGCUUGCACGUAAAGAUAUGCAAAAGCAUUUUAUUAACCUGCCUGAUAAAGAUUUAGCUUAUUUAGUGGAAGGGACUGAACACUUUGGUGAUUAUUGGUUUGCAGUGGGUUGGGCACAACGAUUUGCCAUGAAAAACCGUGAGUUAAUGAUGGAAGCUGCGGUUCAAGCUUUACGAAUCAUCAUCAACAAACCAUUUAAUGCCAAAGUUGAAGCCGUUAAUUGCCACCAUAAUUAUGUGGAUAAAGAAGAGCACUUUGGUCAAGAAGUGCUGGUAACACGUAAAGGUGCUGUACGUGCCCGUUUGGGUGAGUAUGGAAUUAUUCCAGGUUCAAUGGGUGCCAAGUCAUUUAUUGUCAAAGGUAAGGGAAAUCAGGAGUCUUUCUGUUCGUGUUCGCAUGGGGCUGGUCGUGUACAUAGCCGUACCGCUGCAAAAAAGUUGUUUACUGUGGAAGAUCAGAUUGAACAAACCAAAGGUGUAGAAUGCCGUAAAGACGCAGCCGUGAUUGAUGAAAUCCCUUCUGCCUAUAAACCUAUUGAAGAUGUGAUGAAAGCACAAAGCGAUUUGGUAGAAGUGGUUUAUACCUUAAGUCAGGUUGUUUGUGUAAAGGGUUAG